CAAGGAAUGAAAUUGUUCUUUUAAAAGUCAGAAAAAUUACACAUGAACGAUAAAGAGCAGUGAGAUGACAGAAAUCAGUUACCUGUUCAUAUUCCACAUGCUCCAGAGACAUAUCACUGCAGUACAGAUUUAACCACUUAACCAAAAUCUCUACAGCUAUAGUAACUGCUCAAGCAUACUUCUGCUAAAUCCACUGCUGAAAGAGAACAUAUCUUGUCAUUCUUCUUAAAUUUGCAUAUUUGCAUUUAUGCCCAUUAGUAUUUCCAUAAUAAACUGUCUAAUAUGACACUUAGAAAAAGUCAUUAGCAAUGUGUACAUUUAAAUACUGUUUAAAGUGUUUGGGGGGAUGGGUUUUGUUUGGUUUUUUUUGUUUGUUUGUUUCAAAUAGGUUGGAGCAUGUUUGUAAAGAAAACCUGAAACCUGAUUUGGCAACACUGAUUAUAAGAUCUAUCAUUUAAAUGAGUUUGGGUAGGUCCAAAAAAAAUUACCAUCUGCAGGAAUUAUUUGUGAGAUAUUCCUAACUCCUUUUGCUGAAAAUACUGAAAUGUCUAGUAGUCAAAAGGUUAAAGUAGAAAUCAUCUCAGUUUUUGUUUCAAGGAUUUAUAAAUCAGUAUUAUUUCACCUGAGUAAAAUAAGGAGUUCUGUUUCUAAGGCUCAAGAGCAAUCAGAAGCAGAGAGGCCAAGAGAACUGAGCUCUGUUGUUUUGGUAGCUACACCACUGCUGUUUAGCAACUAUUUUACCAGCAAUAGAGAUCUUGGAUAGGUGCCCCUGGGUUUUAAUUCCUAUUCAGUUGAAUUCAAUAAGUACCCUAUUUUAAUGUAACCAAAACAGUGGACACAGGAAUUCAGUUUCCAGCUUUUCAUUCCCUCAGCAGGAAAGCGUUGUUCUUUUUUCCAAAUAGCUGGGGAAAAAAAAAAAAUCAGGAAAAUAUUCAGAGAAUGAAAAUGUUUGAGGUAGAGAAGAGGGUAAUCAUUUACAUAUGUGCAUUGAAAAGUUUUGAAAAUUAGUUUUGGAGCUCGGUUUGCACUUGCACUUCUUACCCACUUAUUAUUGCUCUCUAACAGCAAACUCUUUUUCUGAGCCAACAGAAAAACAGUAGAAUAUCACCCAGCAGACUCAAACAUCAGGAAAAGAGUAUUGCCAAAAAACAAAUCUUGCCCAAACAUACAUGAAGUAAUGAAUCCAAAUGUACAUCCAAAAGAAAAGAGAACUAUUCCUGCUAACACCUAUAAUUCUAGCAAAUACUUGACAAUGAAGGGCAAGAGUGACUUACAGUUUUCCUCCAAGCUAUCCGAUGAGGAGGAAAAUAUGUACGAGACUGUAAGUUCUUCAAUGCUGGAGGCCAUGGAUUCUUUGAGAAUCCUCCCUGCCAAACCUCUACAAGAAUCUGAAUAUGCAGACAAACGUUGCUUAAGGCCUUCAGGUACCACUUCCCCAGCGAGCGAGCACCCAUCUCAGCCCCUUCAACACUCAGCUAUUUGCACACUUGAUCCGGAGGGGAGAACAGUGCCAAAUGUAAGAGGAGGAAGAAUGAAAACACAUGGAUAUCAGGAGCCUACACCUCCCCCACGGCCUCUGAAGAUGCUGCCAAAGCAGUAUCAGCCCAUUCCUCCAGAGCCAAGAAUAAGCAGCCAGGUCUUUCACAAGAGGAACACACUCAGCCAAGAUCCCACCUUUCCAACAUCAGCAGAAGUCACAAGACACUCAUCUGUUAAGGAAUCAAAUAAAGCACCUGGAAGAGAGCAAGUUACAAGUUUGGGGAAGAAACCUGAAGUAUCUUUUCAAGCACAACAGCGUCCUCCUGAAGCCAGCCCUCAAUGUACACGGAGCUCUAAAAACAUCUGCAAAUCAGGUUCCACAUUAAGUGUAGAGGAAAGUUUGAAAGUGAGGAAGCCACUACCUCCUACAUCGUAUGCAGCAUGCAAAAAUAAACCAAAACAUCUGCUCAUAAAACAGGAAAUGCAAUCUCUUACCCAACCCACUGAAAAGGAUUUAAACAAAUGUGAAUGGUAUGUUGGAGAAUAUGAUCGCCACAAAGCAGAGAAGAUACUGUUACAGAAAAACAUUGAUGAGACAUUCUUGGUUAGAGAUUGUUCAAAGAAAUCAAAGGCUGAACCGUACGUUUUGGUUGUUUAUUAUGGAAGAAGAGUAUACAACAUUAAAGUACGUUUUCUGGAAGAAAGCCAACAGUACGCAUUGGGAACAGGGCUCAGAGGAGAGUGUAAAUUUAAUUCCGUGGAAGAGAUCAUAGACUUCUACAAAUCCGUUCCCAUAACACUCAUUGACGGAAAGGAUCAGUCAGGAAACCACAGAGAACAAUGCUACCUCAAACAUCCAUUCAAGUCACGCUGACGUCUUCUGCCUUAUUGUCACUGAUUCAUCUGUACAGAUAUAAAUAGAACACUUAUUUAGAUGUCUCAAGAAUCAGAUUUGCCUUUUGAGCACAGAGCUACACAUAAUAUAAUGAGGCGUUCCACAGAUCUACUCCAUCUUUUGAUUGUUGCAUUUUCACUUUGAGGAUACAAGAACAUGUCAACAUAUUAAAUGACAGGAAGGUGUUGAGACCAACUUCUGAUACAUUGACAACUGACCAAUUUGCUUAUCUUGCACUCUACCCUCUAACUUAAGAUGAAAAUGAAACUUGUCCUUGCUUACCUAAAUGUCACUGAAACUUCGCUGAGUAGCAAAACCUAAUAAAAUAUACCACAGUCAUUAAAUAAAUA